ACACACACAGGCUCAAUACUCUAUUAUUAGACCAGGUCGCGGGAGAAACAACAUCAUAAGCCCACUCGAAGUCGAGGAGCUUUGUUGACAAAACGUUCCAAAGCAAAUUUAGCCUUUAUGGAUCCUGCAGAGGUUGAAUUUUUGGCUGAAAGGGAACUAGUGAAAAUUGUGCCAAAUUUCACUCAGGACAAAAUAUAUCUAAUAAGUGGGGAUAUUGGUCCUUUCAGCGCUGGACUUCCAGUGUCUGUGCCACUGUGGCUGGCUGUGAAUCUGAAGCAGAGACAGAAAUGCAGAAUUCUUCCUCCAGAUUGGAUGGAAACAGAAUUCUUAAAAGAAAAGAAGCAGGAGGAGGCUGAUAGCAGAUUUUUCACACCAAUGCCAAGUCCUCACUAUAUGGAACUAACGCAAUUACUUCUGCAACAUGCAACUGAUGAUGUCCCAAGAGCAGAUGAAGUAAGAACAUUGAUAAAGGACAUAUGGGACCUCAGAAUAGCCAAACUACGUAGCAGCGUUGAUUUGUUUGUGAAAAGUGAAGCAUCUCAUGCAAAGCUCAAUUUCCUGACUGUGAUGGAGAUCAACACUGUCCGACAGUUUCUUACUAAAGCGCUUGACCACAUGCACCAGUUACGGGGCAACGUAUCUGGGUCAUCGCAGGCAUCACACUCACAGUUUAUUUAAUUGGCUGUAUAUGUGCGGCAUUGUGGCAAAAUGAGUGGUUUGUCACGCUGAGCUGUUGUGAGAUCUUAGGCAAAAACUUUGACGUUCUUAAAGAAAACUGUAUUUAUGACUCCUCAAUUCCAAUUGAUUUUUCUUUCGGAACCUAAGCAGCUACUGUUUUUACCCCUCUGCAGGGCUUGGCAAGAUCUGUAAUGUGAAAGUCUUAUUAUUAUAUUGUCAAGAUGUGACAUGUGACUCGUUUUAUCAUAUUGCUACACACAUUGUUGCUUUGUUUAUGAGGAAAUGUAAUUUAUGUACAGUAAAUUGGAAUGGAACUUCUAGGUUUGACACUGAAUAUUCAAGUUUAGGCAGCAUCAAAUGCUGAUAUUCUUGAUUUGUUUGUAGUUUGGACAUGCAUUUACCUUUACCACUCACUUGUUUUGUUUGUUUGGAAGUUCAUUUUCAUUUUUGUCAGUGGGAUGCUAUUUUAGGCGGUUGAUGGGUUGUUGUCACAAUAACAGGUGGGUGAAAAAUAAACCUUUCAUAUUUCCAGUCUCUUUCUGUCUUUAGAUUUGUCAUGCUGGAUUCAAAAUCUAGAUGAUAUCAUCUGACCCAGUGGGUUAUUGAGCAUAGUUACACAGGGUCUGUUUGAUGAGGAACUUUUUCCAUGUCCAUAGAAUGUGUGUUGCUGUAACAAUUACUGUUAAUGCCCAAUACUAUAUACUAAUGGUCCUUCAAGAAAAGUUGAGACCAGACAUCUGAAAAAGCGACUUGGUCUGCUGGAGUCUGUAGUUGUGUUCCUCCAUCAUGAUAAUGCUCCCUUCCUCAGGCUAGGAUAGUGAUGAAACUUCUGGACUGUUACACGUGGGAAAUGGAGCAUCCAUGCUAUUCACCUGAACUGGCUCUCUAUGACUUUCAUCUUUUCCCAAAGAUAAAGGAAAGCAUUUGUAGACAAAGAUUUGAAUGGGAGGACAUUGGACUUGCCCCCCAAAAAGGUGAUCAGGUUCCUAUUUCACUACUUUUAACAGUUGUAUACUGUGAAUGCAAAAGUACAGUCAAACUCGGAUAUACAGGACAGAUGGGACCGGCAGUUUAUCCCUGUUUUUAGCGUGCCCUGUUAUAACCAUUACCAAGGGAAAGUACCAGUGCCAUUGCUCCUUCAGCGUACUAUAUUUGAUUACCGCAGAUCCUUUUCCAGUGAGCUAUUUUGCUGACACAGAUGGAAUUGAUCAGUGACCCCAACACUAUGGGAGGUAUGUGUUUGAAAGUUUGUUUAGGCAAGCGAUCAUACAAACAGGUGAAAUGUCUUGGUUGAGACAAAGUUUAAAAAUUUGACGGAUCGAAAGCAAGUUCAUGAUCUGCAAAAUCACUGUUUAUAUCCGAGUCUGAGCAAAUUGAACCCUGUUGUAGCCAGGUUCAUAUCACUUACACUUGAUUUGAUUUAUCACUGUCAUAUAUUAUGAUAUAUCCAAGUUCCUGUAAUAACAGAGGCUGUUAUAUAUGGACUGGACUUUACAUUGAUGAUGGCAGUGGUAAUGUUGAACUGAGCUUGAGAUAAAGGAAUGUAGUG